AAUGGAAUAGACGUUCAACAAUAAUUAAAUAUGUAUAUAUUUGUUUUGAAUAGAUGGCGUAUCGUAAUGCUCUUUGUAGAGAAAUUUAACUAGAAAAAAACUUCUCUAUUCAAUGCAUAGAGACACACCUUCACCCAUGGAAGGUCCUGACGAAAUGGAUGAUGAUGGAUUAGUACUUGAUGAUGACAUUGAGGUUAUUGAAGAUGAAGAUAUAGAAAUUGAAGAUGAUGAAGAUAGCCUAGAUGAUGGAGUUGUAGAAGGAGCUGCAGGUGCUUCUUAUUCAGUGAAGGAUGACUCUGUUCAUGUGUUCAAAAAACAUACAGGUGCAGUGUUUUGUUGUGAUGUGGAUCAAAGUGGAACCUAUGCUGUAUCUGGAGGGGAAGAUGAUAAAGCCUAUGUAUGGAGGAUAGCAGAUGGAGAAGUUCUUCUUAAUUGUUUAGGUCACAAGGACUCUGUUGUUAAUGUUGGAUUCAACCAUGAUUCUACACUUGCAGUGACUGGAGACAUGAGUGGUGUUAUUAAAGUUUGGAAACUGGAUUCAAAAGAAAAUAUUUGGAGUUUUGAAACAACAGACUUGAGAUGGCUUGAAUGGCACCAUGGAACAAAUGUCUUGUUAGCAGGUACAGUUGAUGGUGAUUCAUGGCUGUGGAAAAUACCAAGUGGAGAAUGUAAAACUUUUCAAAGUUUUGGGGUUCCUAAUUGUUGUGGAAAAGUUUUACCGGAUGGUAAAAGAGCAGUAAUUGGCUAUGAAGAUGGCACUGUUAGAAUAUGGGACUUGAAGUCAGCAUCUGUUCUUCAUGGCAUUACAGACAAGUUAGCUCAUGAAGAGGCAGUAACUGUGAUGGAUUGCUGUAAAGAUAACACACUAGUGCUAACAGGAUCCACAGACUGUACAGCAAAACUCAUUAACACAAACUCUGGAAAGGUUUUGGCCACGUUUCAAUGCAAUGAUAAACCAGGUGAUGAAAAAAGCAGCAAUUCUGUAGAAAGUGUUGGAUUUUGUUCCAGUUUGCCACUUGUGGCAACAGGAACACUAAGUGGGACAUUGUUCAUAUGGGAUAUACCUACCCAGACACAGAGAAGUGCAAUUCAGCUUCAGGCAGGAAUUGUUAAGCUGUUAUGGGACAAUCAGUUACCUUUAAUAUAUACAAGCACAUUGGAUGGAGUUGUGUCUCUUUGGGAUGGAAGAAGUGGCCACUCUGUAACUACAUGGGCUGGGCACUGUGCUGAGAUCCUUGAUAUGGUAUUAUCAAGGGAUGGACAAACAUUGAUUACAGCGUCUGAAGACAAAACUUGCAGAGUUUUUAAAACAGACAAAAAACAGUAAUGAAAGUAGAUUGUGUCAAGUCUUUUGUAAAUAAAAAAAAAGUUGAAAGUAUGAAA